CAAGAAGCAGGGAAAAAAAAAAAAAAAAACAACCCUGCAUGUCAAGUCUGAGGAAAUGCUGUGGGAACUACAGCCAGGCACCUUUUUUUUUUCUUCUUCUUCUUCUCUCUUCUCCCCUCGUGUAGCUGAGAGGAAGGAAAGGAAGAAAGAGAAGUAGCUGGCUCAAAUGCGCCUCACGCUGCUGCCGGGGCUCGGGGGCUUGGCUGGAAGGAUCUAGUUGCUCUUCGGUGGCAGGAAAAGGAGCCACAGGACGAGGCAGAGACGGACACCCAGACAUGCCCGUCCCGUCAGGCUGCUGGCUCCUUCUCCUCUGCCUGGCCGCCGCUGGCAAACAGUUGUCACUACAAAUCACUCCGCCGUGUGAAAGUGAACAACACUAUGAAUACUCUGGACGGUGCUGCACAAAGUGUGAGCCAGGAAAGUAUUUGUCUGCUAGAUGCACUGGUACUUCUGAUAGCGUGUGCCAGCCAUGUGGCCCAAAUGAGUAUAUGGAUGUCUGGAAUGAAGAAGAUAAAUGCUUACUACAUAAAAUAUGUGAUCAAGGGAAAGCUUUGAGAGAAGUGAACCCAGGGAACAGCACGUUCCAGCGGCAGUGCGCUUGUACAACGGGCUACCACUGGGAUGAAGACUGCGACUGCUGCCAGCGAAAUACCAUAUGUGCUCCAGGAUUCGGAGUCGAGCACCCUGUGCAACAAGACAAGGACACAAUGUGUGCACCAUGUCCCAGGGGCUACUUCUCAAAGGUCGCUUCAUCCACCGACAAGUGUAAAUCAUGGACCAACUGUACAGCUCUAGGAAUGGCAGAAAUAGUGCCUGGGACUGACAAGUCAGAUGCCGUUUGUGCAUACCAGAAGGUGCCUGAGCCAUCGGAAGACGGAACAAACAGGAUCUUAUACGUGUUGAUUGUCAUCUUGUUUUUUGUGGCACUAAUUGGCAUUGUCAUCUUCAUCAUAUACUACAAGAAUAAGGGAAAAAAGCUGACAGCAGAUCUACAGAAUUGGGCUAACGAAGUGUGCAGCCAAAUAAAACGAACACAGGAGCCCUCCAGAGAUGUUACCGUGAACAUCACAAAUGCUGCUGAUCCCCAGACCUCUGAAGACAGGUGUCUCCUGGGCCCCACGGGCCCUCCUGCCCCUGGAAUCUCAUGCUGCACCGGUGGUCACGCUCCUUGCAGGAACGGGAGCCCCAGCACGGCGCCGUGUGAGGCGGGAGGGAACCUCCCAGAGCUUUCUGUGGUAACCAAGACUGAUGAUGACGACCAUUUCCCACCAGUUCCCACAGAAGAUGAAUACAUGGAUAAGGAUCUCAACACCACUGAUUAUUUAUCUUUACUGAGUCGGACUGCCAGUAAAACCAUAUCAUCAUUUUCAGAACCGAUGGAGGCAGGGGAGAACGACAGCUUAAAUCAGUACUUUUCUGGGAUUGGGAGCACAGAGGACGUAUCAGUUCCUCAAGGCUUUCACCCUUCCUCUGACACAGGUGGGGCACACACUGCCACGGACAAACUUCUUCAGAAAUCUUGCCAACAGGGCCACAGUUGCCUGAAGGAAACAGGCAACAAAGACACAGAUCGUUUUGCAACGAACUAUGACUCAGAGAAGAUCUGUGUGAGGUGUGGCAUUUCAUACAGGGAAUAUCCCAAAAAGUGGAGCAAACCCUGUUGUGCUGCAGCUGAUGGUGCCUCCACCUCCCCAGGAACUGGAUCCAAUGCACAGUGCACUUGUGGCUUGAAUUUUCUCUCUGCUGGUCAGAGCAAUCUAGCAAGUGAUCACAGUGUGGAAGAUGCAUCUUCAGACAGUACAAACAUGAAGUAUCAGAACACAAACAGAAGCACGUCAGGGACAAACAGAAGCACUUCAGGGACAAACAGCAGCACUUCAGACCUCCCUCCAGCAUCUGGAAAUGUGACUGGAAACAGUAACUCCACCUUUAUCUCAAGUGGACAAGUAAUGAAUUUCAAGGGCGACAUCAUUGUUGUCUACCUUAGCCAGAACUCCCAGGAGGGGACAGCGGCCUCGGGCCCAAGUGAGGAGAACGUGGGCAGCCCCGUGCAGGAGGAAAACCUCAGCCGCUGCGAGACUUUUGCGGGCAACACCCAGCACUACAAGGAGAAGUGUGCCGAGCUGCAGGGCAGCUGUCCACUGGUGGGGAGCGGGGGGCCCCGGUGGCCCCCGGGAACUCUGCCCCAGGAGCGGGGACUGUCCCACCACAGCCAGGCAUCACAGCCCGUGCAGGAGGAGGGGAAGCUGGGACACUUCUCAGAGAAGGUGUUGAACUGAGGCGAGACGGUGUCCUUGCUAUGGGCCUCAGCGCCAACAGGCAGCUCACGAGGGGGUGUGGGGCUGCCGUGGGGCUGCCGAUAUCCCGGGUGUCGUGACAGAUUCAGAGACUGUUGCUGCCUCUGGGUGUCUCCCGGGAAAUUUUACAGCUGGAAAGGACCCUUGUGGUGCACAUGCUGGUGGUGGUGCCCUCACUGAGCUGGUUACGGGUGAUGAUGCCCUCACUGAGGAGGUUACCAGCAGGGACAGUCACACGUUGGAAGCCGGGCAUGCUGCCUCCCUUGCAGAAGCAGUGGCAGGGCUCCCUUGCCUCCCUCACAAGGCGAUGGGCUCCCCCUUACCCCCUAAUCCCUUGCACCUCUCCCGGCAAACGACAAAGGAGAGUUGAGGAGAUCCUUUGGGACAGGGACUCUGUGGAGAGCAGUGUUGUGGGGUGCUCCCAGAGGGUGACAUGAUGGAGGUCGGCACUGAAAGGCACCCCUGAGCUCUACCUUGGGGUUUUCUUUUUGCCACUAAGUUGCACCUAUUUUGCUGAGUCUUGGGCCUUCUUGAUGCCUCUGUGGUGGUGGAGGGAAGGGGUGGCUACGUCUGCCGCUAAGCAUAGUGCUGCUGCCAACAUCUGCCUCCCUGUUGGGACCGGAUGGGUGGCAUCAGCCCUUUCCGUCUUUCCCCAAGGAAGCAGACACUCCAGUCUCAAACCAGUGCCAGAGCCAAGAUCCUGGCGUGCCCCUUAUUAUUUUGCAGAUAUGGAUAUGUGUAGUGCUGCCCCAAGCGAGCAUUAACUGGCAAAAUAGAGCUGGCAUGCCUUAGAAGCCUAUCAGAGUAACCCAGAGGAAAGAGCAUUUAGUUUUGGACUCUUGAUUCAUCUCUGACUUAUUACACCUCACCUGAGGAAGUCAUAGCCCUGAAGGUGAGAGUGAUGUGUGCCUGGCACACUGCUCCAUGAAUAACCACACUGAAGUUUGACACACAGAACUGCUAGCAGGUAAAGGAAGGAUCUAUGGUAACCAGCUGUGGACAUUUUCUGAGUGAUAGGAGAGGGAAGGAUUACCCAAAACCAGAGAUUUUAGUCAGGGUCAAAGACAUGUUCCUUCAUCUGCCUGAACAAUUUUGCCAUUCCCUCUGAUAUUUUCGUUGAUAAGCAGAGUUCAACUUCGGUAGAAUGAAGCUAUUUCCAGAGCUCAGCCUGUCUGAGUUGAAAUCAGAACGUAGCCACUAUUACACUGAGAACUGAUGAGCAGCAGCACCAAAGGGUUGGAUUUAAAUAAUAACAGCACUUGUAGUUAGAAGAGAGUCUCAACUUCUCAGUUGGCUUUGGUUCAGGUCCUGUAUCCUGCAGCCUCCUCCACCAGCCACUGUGGAGAGAGGUGAAGAGAACAGAGACUCAAGAAACUCCCAAGAGAAAAAGAUAACAUUUAUAAUGAUUUCCUGACAAGGGGUAAUUUUCUGACAUUCUCCUGCACACGUGAGUGCUGCUGGAGGCUAUCUUCAGUCUGAGCCUUCAGAAGGGUCAGUGCUGUGUUUCCUGCCGGACAGCAAAGAGAUCUCUUAUCUAGUGUGAUCUCAUCUACCCUGAUGAAAGAGAUCUUUGGUAAGAAGGGCUCCUCUCUGGGAAGGUUUUUAAUGCUGAGGAGUUCACUGCAUAGCUGCUCUGUUUGCAGUAGUACUGCUCUGGGGGUGAAGAACAUCUACAAAGCUGACAAAGUGACCACUGUGUCAUGAUGAGCUUCUCAUCCAUAAAACAAAAGGAUGGGCUUAGCCACCUUCGCCUCUCAGGAGAACAAUUCUGCAUUAUUUGUAUUUCUGGCAUAUAAAGUUCAUCACAGACAUGCAAACCUCUGUCUUAAGUGGCUGGCAAAUAUGAUGCAUGAACAACCCAUCUUCCUUUCACCUCGGCAUGGCCUUCAGAAAACUAGACCAUCCUAGCCUAGACUCAGCCAGGCAGGUGGGUUGUCCCAUUCAGUGAUGGCCCAAGCUACCUCUGCUCUUUUGGAGGUGUGUAACUGAGGCUCACCCUUAUCUGUGAUAUUCUUUUGUCUUUCCUGCUGGAUCCUUUACAACCUCUUUCUAGCCACUUCUGGCCUUAUUCUCUAUCCCCUAGCCAUUGGUGCAGUAGGGACAAGGAAGCAGAGCCACCAUCACCUCCAUGCAAGGUGGUGCAGAUAUUUUCCCACUUCAUCUUCAUUUUUUCAGUCUUGUUAUUCUGGAAAGCACUCAUCCCGGACAUCAGCCUCACCGGAAGGCAUUCAACCAGCCCCACAUACAGGGCAGGAGGGACCGGAUUUUUGUGCUCAGCUCUGGGUAAACUACCUGUCUGCAGGUCUGUCUCCUCCUCCUUCUCCCUCUGCAGCUUCUUUCUUCCCUUAGUUUGUAUCCAUCACCAGAGAGCAGGCUCAAAAUCCUGAUUUCAGAGAAGACAAUUAGAAGUUUCCUAAGUGUCCUCAGUGACCGAGCAAAGAUUGAAGCUCGAAUCAUCAGCAAGCAUGGCUGCUCCCUUACGGCAAACAUGAUGGGCCAACAGAUUCGAUUCUUUUUUUGCCUCCAGAGUCUACCCAAAGGUGAAGAAACCAUAUCACACCCAUCAGCAUGCUGCGUGAUCCCUGGGUCUUUGCCUGAAUGUUUAGACAUGGACCCCAAAUCCUCAUGAUUUCUUUUGUUGUCAGUUUGGAGCUAGGGCUGUUUUUUAACAUCUGUUUGUACAACAGGGCCCUAUGCAUUAGGCACUAAUGUGAAGGCUUCUGGCUGCUAUUGUAAUACACACAAUUAAUUAUAAUAAAAAUCUUAAAGAUCUA